AUGUUAAUCAAAUCAUUCGUCCUCUUGACCGCCGCAAAUGCUGGUACAUUUGCGGCUCCCCAGAGAUUCGGUUGGGGUGCUACAACUUCAACUCCUCCUGCUGUCGCAACUCCACCUGCAUCGACCGCACCACCUGCUCCUGCCUCUGCUGCUCCUCCUCCCUCGUCCAGUUCACCUCCCGCAGGUGCCCCUCCUGCAAGUUCUGCUUCUGUCCCUUGUUCCGCAGGGGGUGCUGCCAAUGGUGGAGAAUCACAUGAAAUCACGAUUGUCAACAACUGCGGAGAAGGUCAACCGCUCUUUGCCUACGCUGCUAACAGAGCUGGCCAACCUGUUCAAGGAAGCGUUACGAUCAAUGGGCCGGUCGAUAGUGGUAUAGCAUGGAUGGAUGGUACGAAAGAUAAUUGUGGAUUUGAUGGCACAGGAUGUGGUUUUAUGGAAUUCACAAUCGCUAAUUCCAUGAUGAACUCGGCGGAUUAUUCAUUACUUACUACAGGUUUAGGCGAACAUCAUUUUAAAUACGCAAUGGACUUCAAAUUCACAGGUGAAUGUACGGCCGGACCAGGUAAAUGCCUAAGUGGAGAUAAUUGUCCAGGAGCAUAUACGGGUACGGAUACUUUCAGUGGGGAUCCGACUACCUGUGGUGGCCAGAAUGUUGGGAUUCAUAUUACUUUCUGCUAG